GGAUUCGUACAUGAACCACUCUAGGAAACCAAGACAUGCGGUAGAUCGCCAUAUUCGAUGAUCCGAGUGUUCAUCUCUGCUUGUUGAAUUUGCUCUAGAGAGAGAGAGAGAGAGAGAGAGAGAGAGAGAGAGAGAGAGAGAUGGAUUAUUUAGGGAUUGAUGUAAGCUGCGCUCUCGGAUCUCUUCAGAAAAGCCAAUUUCCUGAGAAAGAUUGUUUGCUCCCCCUCAUUUCCAAACUCCUCGGCUACUGCAUCGUUGCCGCUUCCACCACCGUUAAACUCCCUCAGAUACUGAAAAUUUUGAAACAUAGUAGUGUGAGAGGGCUUAGUGUUGUGGCCUUUGAGCUCGAAGUAGUUGGGUAUACAAUUGCUUUGGCAUAUUGUCUUCACAAAGGGCUUCCUUUUUCUGCUUAUGGCGAGUUGGCAUUUCUUUUGGUCCAAGCAAUAAUUUUAAUUGCUACAAUCUACUAUUAUUCACCAUCAGUUGGUACCACAACAUGGAUCAAGGCUCUACUAUAUUGUGCUGUAGCACCAACCAUUUUAGCUGGUCAAAUUAAUCCUGUUCUUUUUGAAGCGCUCUAUGCAUCCCAGCAUGCAAUAUUUUUCUGUGCAAGGGUCCCGCAAAUAUGGGAGAACUUCAAAAACAAAAGUACGGGAGAGCUUAGCUUCUUAACAUGUUUCAUGAAUUUUGGUGGUACCAUGGUGAGAGUUUUCACCAGCAUCCAAGAAAAAGCACCAACAAGUGUUAUCAUGGGCUCUUUGCUUGGUAUCGUGACAAAUGGUACUAUCCUGAAUCAGUUUAUCUUAUACCAAAAGCCUCAGCUGAAGGAAGAGAAAAAGAUCAACUGAAAGAAGACUAAGUUAUCUGCAGGUUUGCUCCCCUUCCAAAAGAGUUUCAACAGGUAUGGCAAAUGAGCCAACUUUGCAAGAUGUGAUGAAAUUUGUUCAUUCAUUGUAUUGUCAUUUAAAACCAAUGCAACUUCCAAUAAGGGUUUUGGUGGUUGGUUAGUCUGCCAAUGUGUAGUUCAUAAGCUAAUGGCGACAUGGUAUAGUUGAUGGUCUUCAAUAUGCUUCAUAAAUUCCGAAACAUUAAUUGAAAAAGCUUUAUUAUAUGAAUUUUAUUUUAUUUUUAGGAUA